CAGUGAUGGCGGCUUCGUCUCGUUCUCUCCCUGCAAGCUGUAAUAACAAAUGGUACUACACCCGACAACAGAUCGACAACAGCCCAUCUCGGAGAGCUGGACUUGAUCCGGACAAGGAGCUGUCCUACAGACAACAGGCGGCCAACCUGCUGCAGGACAUGGGACAGCGUCUCAAUGUGUCCCAACUCACAAUAAACACAGCCAUCGUGUACAUGCAUCGAUUCUACAUGGUCCAGUCAUUCACCAGAUUUCACAGAAAUGUCAUUUCUCCUGCAGCACUCUUCCUCGCUGCUAAGGUCGAGGAGCAGCCCCGAAAGCUGGAACAUGUUAUCAAGGUGGCCCAUGCAUGCCUCAAUCCUCAGGAUCCUUCACCAGAUGUACGCAGUGAUGCCUACCUGCAACAAGCCCAAGACCUGGUCAUUCUUGAGAGCAUAAUACUUCAGACCUUGGCUUUUGAAAUCACCAUUGACCAUCCUCAUACUCAUGUUGUCAAGUGCACUCAGCUUGUCAGAGUUGUUCCAGCGAGUAAGGAUCUGGCUCAAACAUCAUACUUUAUGGCAACUAACAGUCUGCACUUGACCACGUUCUGCCUGCAGUAUAGUCCGCCGGUUGUGGCCUGUGUGUGCAUCCACCUCGCCUGCAAAUGGUCCAACUGGGAGAUCCCCGUGUCUACAGAUGGCAAACACUGGUGGGAGUAUGUUGAUCCCACGGUUACCCUCGAGCUGCUGGAUGAGCUCACACACGAGUUCCUGCAGAUUCUGGAGAAAACACCCAGCCGGUUGAAACGGAUUCGCAACUGGAAGGCUGGAGGUCAGACGCCAAAAGCCAAGACAAAAGUUCAGGAGGAGGGUGACCAGAGGGACACCAUGAUGAGCAUGAUCUCCAUGGCCUCAUCGGAGAGCACCGUGGCAGGCUUGAUGAGUCUCUCGGCUCCACCUUCCGGCUCCUCUUCCUCAUCCAUCGGAGACAAGGAUGGGGGUGAACCUGGCAGUGCUGCGACUUGGAGUGGAAAGGGUCAGGCUGGAGCUGAGCAGCAGCUGCCCAACAAUGAGGUUCACGCUCCAGCUAAGGUGUCGCUGAGUGAGUACCGGGCCAAGAACGCAGAUGUCCUGGCUGCCCAGAAGAGGAAGCUGGAGAACAUGGAGGCCAGCGUAAAGAGGGACUAUGCCAAUGCUGCCCAGGCUCUCAUUGGUCAGCAGCAGAGGAAGGAGAAGCAGCAGCAUCACCAGCAGUCCAGCUCAUCCUCGUCCGACGUGUCCAACCCGUCGCCCAUUAUUCUGAAAAUCCCCCUGGAGAAGGAGAGGCAUGAGAGGACCUCUCUCAAAAUGCGCUUUCCCCUUGCUGGGGGAGGAGGCAGCGGGCACAGUGGCAGCGCCCGAGGUCAGGAACAGGACAUCAAAGUUAGAAUACGAGUGCCUGAGAAGCAACGGGUGAGCUCGGGAGAGGAGGGCAAGAGCAGGGACAAGCACAGGGAACGGUCUAACCACCACCAUCAUCACCACCACCACCACCAUUCCUCCUCUACCGGCGCUUCACUCUCCUCCUCACACAAACAUUCAUCUAGUUCGAGCGGGGCUGUUGGAGGCAGCAAAAAAGUCCCCAGCGACUCGUCUCGAACAAGCUCUUCGUCCUCUUCUGCUUCGCGUAAGAGGACGCACUCUCAAGACCCCACAGCAGCCACUCACCCCACCUUGAAAGUCAGCAAGUCCUCUAGGAAUCCCUACCAGCUACCCUCCCUGUCUUCCUCCUCUGGUCAAACUCUGGGGCACGGCUCUGACAUUCUCCCCGCCCUGGGUCUUCCGCACCACCAAGGGAGCUUUCCCCACUCCAAAGGCGACAAGAUGGACACUAAUGGGCACGGUGCAGCGGGGGGAGCCCAGUCGAAUGAGUACCAGGACACUUUUGAAAUGCUGAACUCACUUCUGAGCGCACAGGGGGUCCAGCCGUCGCAGCCGUCCAUGUUUAACUACAGAUCCCAAUAUGGGGAGUACCGGUACAGUGGUGGCUCCAGAGGGAACAACCAGAGGCCCCCACCCCUCCCUUCAGAACCGCCUCCCCCAAUGCCGCCGCUACCCAAAUAGGUUCCUGAUCGGAAGACGUAUUAUGUACUUGACAUCCCCGACAUCCAUCUUGUUACAUAAAGUAUUGCAUCAUGUCACCCAACAUUUUUUUAUAUGUUUCAGUGUGACAGCAGUGAAAUGUACCGGUGAGAUAAAUGAGUAUUCAACUUUUUUGUUUUUACACUUUUUGGGCAAUAAUGAGUGGCUUCAAAAGCUUGCAAAAUGUGAGGGGGGAAAAAAUACAGGAAAGUGUAGAUAAUAUUUUUUUGCUCUUCCGUUGAACUCAAAUGAAAGGUGAUAAUGGGACCUGGUAUUUUUAGCAUCACUGUUUCGGAGGAAGUUGCUGUCUUGAAAUUAUGAGGAAACUAAAAGAUUUCCGUCACAUAGCUGUUGGGUCUUCUUUCCGAUUGUCUUUUUAUAAUGUUUUUAUAGUAUGUUAUUUAUUAAUUGAAUGCUUUUAAAAAAAAAACAUCGCCCUCUUUUAUACCUUUUUUUUUUUUAAGGUUCCCCCUCUUCGUUCUUUAGGGCAGAGGGAUAUUUCUUCAUCCCGACUGUACAGGCUAGUGUGAGUGUGCAUGUCUCCAAAGCCAUCUUUUCAAUAUUUUUGUCUUUUUUUUUUCUUUCUUUUUUUUUGCGUUCAAACAGCCAUAGCCUAAAAGAAAUGUGAGAGCCCAUCCCAGGUGUUUAUCUAUUUUAUGUCUUUCAUUAUUUGGUAAGCUUGUACAAAGACUGUAAAAUGUUUAAAAACAAACAUGAAAUAUUUUUUACAUUUUGUUAUGAAAAAUUGCAAAAAAAAGAUGUAAAUUAAGGAAUCUUGUACUUUUUUUUGUUUUUAGAUUUUGCGUGUUGCAGUCAUUGUUUUAAAUGGUUGUAAAAUAUUCAUAUUCAGUUGUCUAAUUAUUACACUAAUGGACAAAGUUCAUACCAAGGAUGGACAUCUAUGGUUUUCUCAAAGGGUUCAAACAUACACAGUAUGGUCACAAUGAAGGAAUUGCCAACACAAAAAAAAUCCCUCUAGAGAAGAAAUGUGAGUUUUUAAUUCCGUCAUGUAAUUUAACACACCAGUCUUUUUAUGAUCAAAUAGGCAGAAUGUAUAGACAUACAACACUCUAAAUGGUGUGGACAGCAGCACCCUAAAGCUGCUGGUGCUCACCUGUUCUAACUAGUAUAAUGUAUGAUGAAAUUGGUUUAAAAGAUAGUGGAAGAGGUGCUACUUCUUGGCAAGAGAAUCGGGUAUCAUCUGUACAUUUAAUUCAUACUAAGCUUUAUGUGGUUUUGAUUGUAUAUUAUUACUACUCUUAACCUGCUUUCUUUUAUCAGUUCAACUUAAAAAAACGUUAUUACCUUCGUUAUAGACAUACAGGUACAUACAUGAACAAUUACCUCUGUAUUUAACCCGUCGUGAGCGUUUCAGAAGCAGUGGGCUGCUGUAAAGCGGCCAGGGAGCAACUUGGGGUUCAGGGGAUCGAACCCGCCCAACCUUAGCCUCCCUCAAAAACACAUUUGUUUUAGAUAGUUCACAGUAAUGCAGUACAACAAGUCAUCAGCCAUAAAAUUGUAAUAUAUUUUUUGUUCCCAUGAUUAUAUGGAAGAUAAGCUGAAAAGAUUACAGCUCUUUGCUCAGGCAGCAGAGGUUUAAUGGUUGUAACAGGGAAACGGUAAAUGCACUGAAUAUUUAUCUCGGUAGGUACGCCUACAAUGCAAAUCACAGUGUUACUUGUGUAAUGGAUAUGCUAUUAGAGUAGAUGUCCAAUAUAUUACCAUUUUUGAAAAUUGUUUUAAUUGAUCUGGACAAAUUUUCAAAUUUAAAUAACUAUGUUGUGAGAAAUUCUUUAAAAAAGGAUGCUCAUUUCAAAAUAAAACUCAUAUGUAGGACAAUAGGACACUCAUUUCAAAAUAAAACUCAUAUGUGAGAAAUAAAUGGAAGACACUCAUGCAACCUAACAAUGCAAAAUCCAAUAGCUCCAGUAAGUUUCAUGUUUUUCAUGUCUUGGUGUUUUUAGCGACACUCAGGUCUUGAAAUGAAACGUUUUGGGAUUUUAUUUUUGUUUUCAGUUAAAACGUUAUAUGUGAACACUGUUCUUUUUGAUAAUAUGUGGUUGCUUUAUUCUCAAUUAAAGU